AUGAUCAUUUCCACCCAUGCUUCAUCGGGAAGCAUUCAGAACCAAACGAACAUCGUGAAUACAUCCCUAAAACAUCGGAAAGGAGUAUCAACCAUGUCUCCUUCAUUGAAUCGUCAUUCCGUAUCAACCAAUGUAAAUACCACAUCUUCUUCUGCUCACUCAAGACCGAAGGCCACCCAAAUUCAGGCAUCACUAGCCUCAAUCCCAUCAUCCAAUAAUUACCUUCCGAAAAUUGAUGUACCAUCUACCACUACUGCUACCAAUGCCAACUCAUCCCCAACAAAAUCUCAUCAUUAUGAACAGCAAAAAUCAAGUAGGUCCUCAUCUUCAUCACGUUUCUCUUUCACGCCUUCAAAAAAGAAUGAUCGGGAAGCUCCGACAACAGCUAGCCCAAAAUCUCGCAAAUCAUUCUCAACAGGACCGAAAUCCCGAACGGAAACCAUUUCAUCUAGUACUGCUGUCGUUGCACCAACCAAAAUUGAGAGUGGUGGAAAAACCAAUCAAGCGACUGUUAUGACAGAUCGCCAGCAGCAUGAUCAUGCAGUGUCUUCUUCAUUACCCCACUUGAAUCAUCAACAAUUGUUUGAGAAGAAUCAAGCAGUAUCGUCAGCAGCCGCAAAACGAAGACGACGAUCUUUGUCGUCACUGCCAUCAUCCAAUUCUUCCAUUCGUAAUAACAAACAACAACAACCAUACCAAGAAUUGGAUGGUAUUACCACUCUUCUCAAUUCUUCCGAAAAUUACCAAUCAAUGAUAAACAAUCUUUUUCGUGCAUCUACUAAUUCCAAUAGCAAUCAGGAUCUGACUGUACAUAAAGAAUUACUCGUCAAUCCAUUCUCCAAAGAUCUCUCCAGUUGUAAAUAUUUACCAGAAAUUCCGAGACCAAAAGUCCCAGAUUUAACGGAAAACCAGAGCAUGUUCACGAAAUUCAUCAAAAUUCAAAACUUUAUCAAUUCAUUUGAAUAUAAUUAUAUUGAGCAACAUUUCUUUGAUAUUACCAGGCUGAGACCACUGAAAAGCAUCCUCUCUACAGCAAAAGAAAUUAUUCAUGAUUGUCUUCCGAUAAGGUGUGUCGAGGGAACGUUUCUUGCCAUUUUUUUCACACAAGAGCUUGAGGAAGUGGAACGCUUCAGUGUGUUCUUUGAGACGGAGAUGGCAGUCACACGAACAGUUUAUCGACAUAUCGUCCUGGUGGUCCGUUUUAAAAACAAGUAUGGAGCUCUAGGGUUAUCGAGGAAGGACGAUUUAUAUUACAAGCCACUCUCGUAUUGUAAUUUAUCAGAAAUUUUAAGAGAGUACAUCUUAUCCUAUUCGAAAUAUGGUCAUUUGGUGAACACUAUUUACCUCUCCCUUCCUAUAUCUCAUGAUUCUCAAUCGAAAGAUGUACCUGUAUGGAGUUUCCUGAAGCUUGAUUUUCGAAAACAUUCAUUGGAUCGAUUAAUGGAGAAGGCAGACAAGUACAUGAGUGAAGUCACUCAGGGAAAUUGUCACACUAUGUACGAAAAGAAGAAACGAAAGCGCAAUCAUUCCCUCAACCAAUCGACAACAAUUGGCUCUACAUUAGAAUUCAGUCAGGAUUGUUCUCAAUAA